CAAGGAACUCUAGCUAGGAAAUGGAAAGCAAACCUGCACCAAUUCAGCCCGUCGAGGGCAGGCUUUCAGAGCAGAGCAGGUAUCGUCCAUUCAACCUGCACUGGUUGGACUCGGCAUUGCAUGAGACACUAUUACCUGGGUCGCCAUGGGAACAGGUGCACGCUCGUAUCAGUCAAGAGCUCGUCAAGAGUCUCCAGCUGGAUCUGGCAAACAUGGAAGAGGAGAGGAAACAGAUGAUCUUGCACCUGCUGGGGCCGAUGUUUGUCAAGCAAUACAUGGAAAGCAUGGUGCCCAGGCCGGAGGUAUUGGCUCCAUCAGCACUCGGUGUUGAGCGAAAGAAGCAGUUGCAGAGAGCUACCCAGGUACUCCUCAGAGACAAACUCGACCUCGUCAUUAGAGAGCUUGGCUAUGCACCAAUGUCGAGUAAUGCUUCCACUCCGGUCACCGACAGACAGCAGGAUGGAGAUAGGGCAGGGGAGCAGGGAAGGUCAGACAUGCAGGCAGUGAUUGACCAUGCCAGGGGGAUCUUGGAGACUGGUCUUAAGAGAGACCUGGUGAUACAUGAGAUGAGACAGAAACAAGAACAGCCAGAUCCCAAAGAUGUGCCUACAUCCGUAAGCAAUAUUAAGCUCUCCAGCAAAACCAGCGACCAUCUGGGAAUGUCCCUGAUUGCCAUUCUCCAGCGAGACCCAACCCGACUUGACAGCGUAUGCCGCCGACUGUCCGGGAAGCAGCUUCCCCAGACACUGAGGAGCUACCUGUGGGCAGAGAUUCUGCUGCGGAUGGCAGAGGAUGGUGGGGGCGGUGGAGAAAAGUCCUCAGAAAAAGCAAUUCGGAAGAAAUUUGCGAAGGCUGUGUCAAAGGGCAAAGUCGACAUGAAGAUUACCAAGGCAACAGAGUGCCCAAUAGGAGGACUCAUUGAAACAGCUGUUAAAGAGAGAUUUGAUGCCACACCGUGCAUGCAGGCUCACAGACUGGGCAAGAUCCACAGACAGGCCAGGGAGGCCCUGAACGUCCUGUACACGUACAACCGCAGCUACGAACCCUUCCUGAUUGACUGGAUUUUCCCCCUGCAGCUGGCAUUCCACGACCGCCAAAUGAAAGAGGAACACCCCUAUGAGUUGGCUCUUUACCUAGACCUCCUAAAUACCUAUGCCUUUCCGAAAUGGCCGGAGAUUUUUGCAGUUGCUGAGCAAGCAAUGGCCCGGCUGAAGAUGGCUGACAAGGAAUUGUAUGACCACUUACAGCACUGUGCAAUCAGCAAUGUGAAAGUCAACCCACAGGAUUUUUUGGUGCAUCUCAUACAUGCAGAGAAGAGAAAAGCCGCUGCUUUAAGUUGGAGCGUCGGCACCGAGGAAUCCAACGAUCCCUCUGCCGACUCGGCAACAAAGGAGUUGUUGGCAAGCCCCAUCAUAUUCCUACGCAAGUGGGUUGGCGAGGGUUUUGUGUGUGUCCUGAACUGCUCAGCCAUGAUGUACAUAUGGGACCAGUGCUUUGUGGAACGUUGGGACAGGCAAGUUCUGGAAGAUGCUUGCCUGGCCCUCUUGCUCUUACUCAAAGAGAAAUUUAUGGAUGCCGUAGACUACCACCAGAUGAGACAGGUAUUUCUGAAUGAACCAUCACAGAUUUUGACUCUCGACCUGGUAAGAUCCUACCAGCAUACCCGAGGGAUCCAACCACUUGAUUCUGUGCCAGAUGAUCUCAACAGCAGGAACUCUGUGAAACCACAGGAGUCUGUUGUCACUUCACCACAAGCCACCCCUGAGCCAUCAGCCGUAGGUGACACUGUCCCCAGUACACCCCGUACACCCCAGGAAGUGGAGCCGCAACCGGAGACGGUGCGGCUCCGCAGAGCCGGCCUGAGCAAUGUCAGGCUGAAGCUGAUGUGGAACCUCACCAAGAGCCAGCUCGCCGACUUUCAGACAGAGAAGCUUCUCAUCUCCAUAAUGGUAUCCAUCGGGGAUAAGACCCUGAAAGUCAAAGAUAUCAAAGAUCUUGUGGCCAUCUCCUCUUUUGCCAAAGGGGAUGAGAGCCAAGCUAAAGUGAAGUCUCUCGAGAGCACUGCUCAAGAAAGCACCAAGGUCAAAUAUCAGCUGUCUGUUCCUGUGCCUCAGAUCCUAUUUUCAGAGGAGGAAGUUGACCUGUUAAAAUACAGCAAGGAAUUGGACCCACAAGUUGUGCUGACAAUUCAGUAUAGAGCCACAUCUGAUGAAGGAGGUGAUGGUCAGGAAGACAGCAAAACGUCGGUCGGUUGGGCCUUGAUUCCUGUCUAUGAAAAGACAGCUACCCCCUCCACCCUUGAUGGAAAUCAAGAUGGUACAGACCGUCUGAUAUCCACAUGGACACCCUGCAAAAGUGAUCGGACUGUGCCACUGUAUUUUGGGGAUGUCCCUCAAGAUGUGGCAGCUGAAGGGGCAAUGAAGGAGUUUGCUGAGGAAGACCUUCUGCAGGAGGGAUCAGAGGUCAGCCUGACUGUUUUUGAUCCUGUAGACUCGGUGUGGAUCAUGCAUGAUCCCUCUGAGGCAGUGCAGACUGACAGGGAGGUCCCACCUGAGCAAGGCUUUGAUCUUUACAUCGAUGGCAUUCGGUUCCUGCCGGAUAACGCAACAAUUUGCAAGGUCACAGGCCGUGUAGCUCUGCCCACCAGCGAGCAUCGCCCAGAUGUACUGGCCUUGCCUCUCCUGGACUCGGCUGCUCGCUGCCCCAAAUUCGAGUACCGUUACACCUUGCCUCUUGCCCAGGCAGGCAAUCUGGUUCUCCUGAGGGUGUACACAGUCGACAAAUUUACGAGGUCGGUGGUGGUAGUAGGAGCAUUGCCUUUACAACUUUACGUUGGAGAAUCUACCAAGAAGCUGAAUGUAGGUGCUUUCCAGCUACGCUUGCAUGCUGGCAUGCUGCAAAUGAACGAGCUAACAGUUGAGUCUUUCGCUAAACUCCCCAUCAUUCCAGCCUGUUCACUUCUCGUCCGUCUUCUGCCGAGAUCAGAGGAGUUCAUUCCGGCACCAGACUAUGCCAGCAGCUGUUACAGCUCGGAAACCUGCAAGCCUUCAUCCUCUGAGCAAAGGGUCAUGGGUCACUACAAGAACAGCUCGGCUUGGUCUGAUACUGUCCGUGAUGUCCUACAGAGACUAAGAGAUGUGGAGAAAUCCACUGAAGACCUGACUGAUGAGGAGGUGACAGCAUGGUCAUUGGACAGGCUGGACUUCAAGAAACACUCCGACCCAGACACACCCUUCAAGCCAGAACUUAUGGAUCUAGUGCGCUGUGUUGACUAUGACGAGGAGCAGGGAUUGUAUGUGUCGGUGCUGUCUGCCAAGGCUGUCAAAGGUGAUGGGAAGUAUACCAAUAUCAGUGUAUAUGUCCUACCAGGCAGUGAUGUGGCUUCGAAGGGAGAGCUUCACCCGUCAGACAGUGAACAUUUCCUGGUGCAGGAUGCCAAGUCAUCCAGUCAACAGACUUCUCCGGUCUUUAAGGAUCAACCGAAGAAACUUCACCCGAGCUACAGCCCAAGGUCCCUUCUUCUGCUGCGAGUAAUUGGCCUGUCUGUCACCUACAAGCCUGACCCGGCCAACCAGGGUCCCGGACAGAUGUUCAGCAAGGACGGUACACAGCCAGUCUCUUUAGAGUCCGACUCCAGGUUGGGUUGGAGCUUGCUGCCAUUGUUUGAUAACGGCUGUGUGGCUCAGGGUACCUACCUUCUACCGGUUUUUCAGGACAGUGACAAGUUUUCAUUCCUGAAGGAGCUGUCGGACACCCCAGACUUUUAUGGCUGGAUUGUCAGUGCACUACAGAAGGGAACCAUCAUGCUGGAUACCAACUAUGCUAGCAUAGUUGUCACAUUGUGGGACGGACAUUUUGACAAGGGCGAGACCAUUCCUCUACGUACAGAGGAUAAGUUCCUCAACGUGGAUGAUUUCCAGAAGUUUGCAGCUGCCGCAGAGGGGGUCAGAGGUCAACCAGUGUCUGACCUGAUUCUGCAGAGCCUACCUCCGGAGGCCAAGGAAGAGGGAGUCCUCAGCGAGAUAUACUGGCGAGAAGAGGAACGUUUCCAGGAUGUGAUGAGGACGACUUUCAAAGAUGUCAUUGACAAAAUGAAGCUGACAGAAGAUAAGGAACCAGACAACUCGUGAGUGCAUUCAGGCCAGAGAGCUUCAGGAAUUGGUUAAAUAUUCUCAGCCAAGUGUAGGUACUCAAAUGUAGGGAUGUACACACAUGUAAAUACUCUAUGUGAAAACUUGCUGGAAAAUUUCUAUUAUUUUUGAAUUUUUAUUUUUUUCACUAUGAAAUUGAUGUGAAGUUAAUUUAAUCAAAGCAAAAGUGGAAAGUAUGGAUGGGACAGAAACAAUGGUUAACCACAGUUUGCCUGCCUGUAUCCAACUCAUACUUGGCACAAGUCGUUGGACUAGUUGAGAAUUCAUAAACCAGCCCUACUUGGUUGGUUGCCUACACUAUCGCAUUGUUGAAUGUGGAUUUGGGAAUCAGUUCCUUGCUGAUAUCAUUUGACUGUUGCUCCUCAGCAGGCUUUCACACUUAACUUCACAGUCAAGCAAUUGUGCAUUCCUUUGUCACUCUGAAUGUUUUGUUUAUAGUCGUUUCCAAGGGGUGGCAGUUGGAACUGCUGUCCCAUUGCUUGAACAAACCAAUAAAAUUUUCUAAUUUAUCAAGCUUUACCUUGAUUUUUGAAAAUGAUAAAAUUAUCAAGCUUGUAAAUAUUCCAGUGUCUAUAUUCAACCAAGUGUAUAUCUUGUUUUGAUGGAAUCUUUCUUUAAACAUGAGAAAUUCAGUAGUUUUUAAGAGUGCAAGGGUUCAUGGAGUAUGUUUCUUCAAAUUUUGAAUUGUGAGUAAAGCCAUCUGUUUCACUCAAACCAUUCUUUUUUGCACACAUUAAAGAGAAAAACACAAGCGUUAAAACUACAUGAUGUUGAAAACAUUUAUUUCUUCAAAGUUGCCAUUUACAUAAAAUUCCUAAAAUACUUUCAGUUAGUUAGGGCAAAAUAUGUUGUACUGAUUUUUUUCCUUUACUGUGUAAACAGGAAUGAGCCAAAGACUCGGAUGUUGACCAUUCCAACUGGUCCUGAUUUUUACAAAUGUGUAAAAGAGCAAUUUCUUCAGGAUUUUCAUCGAUAUAUCUGAAAGAUUUUUCGACUAACAAAAGCCAGCUUUGAAAAAUUAGGACUUUGAAGAAAGCAAUUCCCCCUUUAGCCCAUACACAUUAAAUUUUCAAGGAUAAAUAUUACUAAAAAAUUAGUUCACCCUAAAUGAAAAGAUCUUUUAAAGGGCUGUGUGCUCUAUAUACAAAGCUUUGAAUCUUUAAUCCAACCCCAACUGAUCUUUGGUAAGAAGGGGCUUUGGUGUUAAAUAAUUUCAAAGAAAAAUCAAAGAAAAGGUGUUAUAAUUCUAUCAACACUGUCAUGGGGUUCAACAUAAUUAUGUAAAAACAAACAAAUUCAUGCCACAUUGUGGUCGGAAUAAACGAAUACAUGUACACAGAAAACAUGGUAUUGAAAUUAUGAUUCCAAGGCAUGAAUAAUUAGGCAGCCAUAUUUGGUAAUCUGAAUCCACAUCCAGAGAUAUGCCUAAAGCUUCUUGAAUCUCUCUUGAUGGACUUUCCUCUAAGACUAACAUGUCAUGCGUCAUCAUUCUUCAACAAUGCCAAGAGCAUUGUUGGACUCUGCCCAGGAAGCGCAAAUGGUGCCAUUUUGUGGGAUACACCAUAUAUAUAGCAUAUGGCUCACACUGCUAACUCCGUCUGAAUGUGUACAAAAAGUCGCUGUAUCAAAGCACUGGCACCUAGCACACAAUAACAGUGCCUUUCGUGUGUCUCUUGGGCACCACCAAGGAUCCCUGUGCACCAAGUCCACACAACUGGCAACUGGUCUGGACAGAAUGAGACCUUAUCUUGGCUUAAACCACUUAUUUUGCAAGAUUUGGAAACACUUCCAAAAUUAAUUUAACACGUCCAUGCACAUGUACGUGAUGUACCUGUACACAAGUAACAAAAUAUUACAGUAUUGUAUACUUUCCUAGGAAAAACCUACCAAAAAACUACAUGAACUUUAUGUACAACAGAAUGGCAAGUUUGGAAGUUCCAGCUUUUUAGCGCCUACACAGAUAUCCUACAUUUAACAUUGCAAAAACCUAAACUACGAAACUAUUUCAACUGAUAUGUACUACACUGUAAGUUAAGAGCCGCACGUUCGACGGGCAAGUUCUGAAAACCCACUGUGUUGCGAGGGGUUGCUUGAUUAACACUUUUCAACAACUGAUUCUGAUCUUUCUUUUGUCGAUUCAAUCCCAGGGCCAUCAAACCAUUAAAAGAUACAACGGCUUUCGGGUAAACACCUUUAACAUCUUUGCCCCUCAACUUCAACAAAAUCUACAGUGAGACAUGUAUUUGAACUUAAGGAUUUCAGUAUCAAAGAUGUAGUUAAGUAAUGUAAUGCAAAGGUAUAGGCAAGGUACAUGCACAUGUAACCCUCGGUGAUCAUGUCUGAAUGCCGCGUAACUCCAAACUUUUACCAGAAGAGGACAUUGACUGUUUUCAACUGAAGAAAAACGGGUGUUACAUACAUCUUAUGAACCACUCUACAUAAGCAAAGGUGGGGUGGAACAAAGCCCUUUUAAGGAAGUCUAAGAUGUGAUGCUUUCUUAACCCUGCGCAAGAUCAAUGCAUGAUGUUUAAUUAAUAAGGAAUUAAUGGCAAAUAGCACUUUUUUUCAGCGAACUGCAAUUGAAAUCUCACAUUGCUGAAUAACUGAAUAUACACUGCAGAGAAAAACAAAUCACAGUUCAUCAGCUGUUGUUGCUAUCUGAAUGCACACAACACAUUUAAAGGAAAACAAUUCAAUUGCAAUCAGUUACUCUGACAAAAAAUUCUCAGGAUGUAAUCUGCAUCUUUACAAGAGCCAAGUACAUUGUAUGUACAGAAGUUUACCACGGCGUGCACUUGGCGCAAGAUACUUAUGUGGAGAAUGCCAAUGGCCUAUACAUGUGAGCAUGGUCAUCAGAAUAAAACAGAUGAAAUAAUAA